AUGCAGUGCAUUGCCUUCCUUUCUGCGGUCUUGACGGCCUUGUCUGUCGGCGUCUCCGGCCUGGCGCUCCCUGUCAAUGAGGGCUAUGCUGAGCCAUGCGAGUACACCGCAAUCAAGCAGAACCAAUCCUCCAUUCUCGGCUACCAACUGGCUGGUAUCGCGGAUUCUCCCAGAGACAACGAUCAGACUUGCAACGAACUCAAGAACAGUGCAACCGCUAGAACAUUUGCCGACAGUGGAUUGGACUUGCCCAACAUUCAAAAACCAGUCUGCUCCGCAUCUUCUUCCAACACAGACGCAGUAGCAGCUCUUCCUUACAUCGUCAACGCCAACACCAAAGUCUUCACCUCACAAAUCACCUCGGCCAUUCCGGCCUCCAACCAAGAAGGUUUUGCGUACCUCUGUGACAACAUCCGCUUCAAGCAGCUUUCCGCCUUCUACCUCGACGACAACACAAUCGUUGGCGCAGCCUGUGAUCGCGGUGGGCCUGAAGCGGCCAUCAGCCCUCAGCCUUUCGUGUCGCUUGCUCCGCCGCCCGCCGAUCAAGUGCUUAAAAACUACAACGUGGCUGCCAGCCGGCAGUUCGCUUGGAAUUGGUGCGCGAAAGCCAAAGACACGAACGAGUUGCAAUCCUACUGCUCGAUGGCCGGGCAGGCAGAAUUCAAGCAGAAGCUCAACAGCUUACAACUCGACCCAGAGACAGUCCGCGGAAUCGCCUGUAGCCAGCAACAGGUUCCAAACGCGCAGACGUUGGCGACGAAGGUCAAGAACGCACAGUCCGACCAAUUUGCGACUGUGGUCCGGAACAUGAGCAAUGCUCCGAACUGGAGAUCGAAAAUUUGUGGAUAUCUGAGCUGCGCAGAGAUGGACAAGGUGGGACUGGACGGCGAUCGUGUCUGGAACAAGGUCUGUCAGUGA